AUGCCCGAAUACGAGGUUGUCGCUGUUGUGGUGGAAGUUGUGGAAGUUGAGUUGUCGCGAGUUGCGAAGGGAAGAAAUUUCGAGCUGGAAAUAGUUGAGUUAUUGAAAAGACUUGGCUUUGAAGUGAUUCAUAACGACGGAGGAAUCGAUAUACGCGCGCGUAUUCGUGGAAUCGAUUUUGUAUUCCAAUGUAAAGAUUGGGAAAGACCUACAGUCGUUCGAGAGCUAGAUGGGGCUCUCACCCAACCCGAGAAUAGCGGGGCUAUCGGGGUUGUGGUGAUCCCUGACAACUCAAGAUUCUCACUUAAGACGAUCGAAAGGGCGAUUACGUCCGUAUUUCCUAUUAUACUAACAGAUAAGGCUCAUCUUCCUACAUACAUUCUUAAUACAAUUCUUGAUCGAUUACAAGGAGAUCCAUUUAUAUUCCGCUUUUUAUAUUAA